AUGACGGACUUCAAGCUGACCGGGUCUGGAAGUGGAGUUAGUGUCCUUUGUAAAGUCUGCGGCGAUAGAGCUUCCGGGAAGCACUAUGGGGUACCAUCUUGCGAUGGAUGUCGGGGCUUCUUCAAGAGGAGCAUAAGAAGAAACUUGGAGUACGUGUGCAAGGAGGGUGGCAGAUGCAUUGUGGAUGUUUCAAGGAGGAAUCAGUGUCAAGCUUGUCGCUUCUCAAAGUGUCUUCAGGCCAAUAUGCGCCGAGAGGCCGUUCAGCAUGAAAGGGCGCCAAGAUCCUGCACAGGAGCUGCCAAUCUUCAGCUGCACACUCCUUCACCGUUUGACAUUUACCCACAAAGACGAGCUCAGUCUAGUCAUCUCCUGAUGCCCUUCCCCCUCCAUUUGCCCAGCGUAAAUUUCAGCAAUUUUUCCGCAAUGGAUCCUCCGAGAUAUUUCCCAUCUUCUUCUCCAUUCCUGGAUUCUGUCCACCAACUGCACUCUACCGGGUCUUCGAGAUUCAACAGAGUGUAUCUUCUGUCUGAGAACAUCUUUGGGAGCACCCUAGAGGGGCCAGGAACUGACAAUCCCAAAGGACCAGCAAAAGAAGAUGAAGUUAGCAGUUCAGAGGAAUCAGCUAUUUCCCUCUGUGUCACAUCCAGGAAUCCCCAGCAGAAGGAAGCAAUCUUCGAAUCAGCAGCUAAACUUCUCUUCCUGGCCGUCAAAUGGGCCAAAAAUGUCCCAUCUUUUGCCCAACUUCCAUCACGCGACCAGACAAUCCUCCUCCAAGACUCAUGGGCUGAUCUCUUUGUCCUCACAGCGGCACAGUGGGGAUUUGCAGCAGAUUUGAGUCUUUUCGAGAAAGCCGAAGACGCUUCGAGAUUCCAGAGGGCAAUUAAUCAGUUUUCCCUCUCCCGAAUAGACUACACAGAAGCAGCAUGCCUCAAAGCAUUAAUCAUCUUCAAACCUGAAAGUGUAGGACUAUUGGCUACUCAUCAGGUGGCUUCCCUCUUGGACCAAACAAUUCAACUUCUCUACGAGAAAUGCGGAGGAGUUCGCCUGGGACACUUGCUCCUCCUGCUGCCAGCUGUGAAACUCGCAGCUGAUCCCACGAUGAUUCAGCAGACUUUCUUCAAGCGAACAAUUGGGGAAGUGGCUGUGGAGAGAAUUCUUGAGGAUCUCAUGAGGACAUAAAAAAAACUGGAAGCUCUCUCUCUUUAUUCUUCUGUACAAUAAAAUAUCCUUAAG